CCAGAAGGCUUUAGCUUUCAGGGUUCGAUGUCCACUGCGAUUGUUUUCUUCCUUCGCCCGUACUUAAUGCGUGGCGAAAAUCGCAACGAAAAAGGAUAGAUGGGUGGGACAUGCUUCAUCCGCUUCGUGUGAUGGCAAAAAAGAUGUAAAUUCGAAAUUUUCGGCGUGAAUCAGUCUCGUGACUAAAUGGAUCACUCUGCUGUCUUCUUGGGCUAAAAUCCAGUUCAUGUUCUAUAUUUGGAACAUCACACACAAGCAGGACAAUCCUGGAGACUAUUAUCUGAUUCUCGGAGAGAUAAUGAAGGCAACUUUGCGUAGAGUUGUAUAGAAGGAUAGAAAGAACCUUGGAAAUAAUCUUUAGAAGUCUUUGUGGGAGCGAUCGGAAGCGAGAUACAGGCCAGGACAUGCUUGACGCAUUCCGCGAAAAGUUAUUUACCCUUUUCAAUCAUGGAAAUCCUUAAAAAUAUUUAAUUCCUGUCAAAGGAAACUACAUGGGAAAAGGAAUUAACGUGUGAUAGGCAGAAAAAAAUCAAUCAACUACGUUUCAUCCCCACAGACCUGUUUCGUGGUUGCCCACUCAUCAGGGAAAAGGAAUUAUAUAUUCAAAUGGAACUACAAUCAAGGAGAGCUUUAAUUCUCCCAGAAAGACGGGAGGAAAAUGUUGCCAUAGUCCACUUACAUUAUUUUUACUUUUUAUUCCGGAUGAUUCCAGAUAAAAACGAAUUUUACGAUAGAUCGAUCCACGAUAUUCCAUCAUUUUGAGGCAGAUCGGUUGCUAGCGAGUUUUUUUGCCUGUGGUGAAAUACAAUGUCAAGGUACACUCGAAACUUGGUAGAUGAAGGAAAUGGCAAAUUUAAUGUGAUCAUAUUGUGUUGGGGAGAAGGACAGGGAAGUUCUAUCCAUGAUCAUGCUGAUGCCCACUGCUUCCUAAAAGUGUUAGAUGGGAGAUUGAAAGAAACUCAGUUUGCAUGGCCAUCAGAAUCUGAGCCUGAAAAGCCUUUGGAACCAACAGGAUCAAGAUUUUACAAGACAAAUGAAGUCAACUACAUCAAUGAUAGCAUAGGUCUUCAUCGUGUGGAGAAUGUUAGCCAUUCUGACACUGCAGCAUCACUUCAUGUGUACAUCCCAGCAUUUGACAUGUGCCAGUCCUUUGAUCAGCGCACAGGGCAUAAGCGUAAAUGUCAAGUGACGUUCUGCAGCAAAUAUGGCCAGAGAACACCUUAUAAACCAAGCUCGUGUACCAAGUGAUGCUGGAUUCCAGUAAACAAUUAUACAUAAGAGGAAUGUUUUAACAUGGAAUAGUCUAUUUUCAUAGUUAAACUAUGAAUUAUUGCUUUGCAUAUAAUAUUGGGUUUCUAAAGUGUAAAAACAAAAAGAAUGCUACUGUAUAGUAAUCAAAUCUAGCAAAUGCGUUUUCAAGGAAGGUGGUAUCUGCUGUACCAGCCGGGGGAAGGGAAUUGGAGCAUUAGAGAUUGCAACAGUUUUUCUUUUUUUCACGUGGAUAACAAAACGAAUGUAAGGAAUUCGUUGCUACAAAGACAUUUUCAAAACACAUGUACGUUCAAAAUGUAAAUGAUUACCAUGCUAUUAACUUACGUGUUGUGCUCGUACAUGUUUUGUAAAAGUUCAACUUUCCAAGAUGAAAAGUAUCGUGGUAAAAUCGAAUUGUCCAAGACUGUGAGCGAUAAAGAUGGCCUUGGUCUCAAUUUCUGUCCUCUUCUCGGGUCCGGUCUUCUAUCCAACACAGCAGUCAAACGCAGGGCGUGCACAGGGAACAUUUUCGCCGGGCGCGCGGCAAAUUUCCUAAUUGUCUAACACAAGCCAAUAAGUCGCAGUGUUUUAAAAAACGUAUAACGUUUUUGAUGAAGCCCCCCAAAAAUGGUAAAUCAACAAAACAUGCGUCACGGAACAAGUCUGUAUUCGAAAAGUUUUAAGUUUUCCUUUCACCUCUUUUGUUUCUUUUUACAGUUUACCAUGAUGGGUUCAUAUUCUACGGCAUAUCUAUUUAUGACAGCGACUGUAUCUUAAUGUUUUCCUUUAAAAUUUUGCGCGGGAAUUUGGCGCUCGGCCGGCCAAAAAUGGCCCCCUUGCGCAUGCCCGAUGUUUGACCGCUGUAUUCCCAAUGUUCCCAACGUUUCUAUGCUUAUCUUUUAUACAGCAGCUUACUUGAGUUGAACGUAAGUUAAUACCGCUAAAUGUAAGAUAUAUGCAUUAAUUGAUAACUCUUGUAAAGGGUUUUGGUGUGUAUAAUAUUUAAAGUUCAUGACUUUUGUGAGUCGUAGUUGACUUUAUAUUGUACGUUUUGACGAAUGUGAGAUUCCACACCAAAACUGGAUUGAAUAAAACUUGUGGAUAAUUAA